UCACUGCACAAAAGUCACACUUGUCACAAGAAACAAUGUACCUGUAUAUCAUAUUUGUAUACCUGAUUUUCUUUUGGGCCAAAUGCAUCACACUUGAACUUUUCAUAUCAUCAAGCCAAUUUGGGUUUCUCACAAAGACAACCAAAGUAAAUACAAAAUGCAGUUUCUAAAUAAAAAUGUCAUUUAUUAAGGAGGGGAUUCAAACCUAAAGUAAUCUCCCCCUGAACCUAAUAAGUGGUUGUUCCACCUUUGGCAUCAAGGUCAAUAUCUGUCCAUAAUUCAUGUGGUGUGAUUGACAGCACACUCCAGUCCAAGGUGUUAUUUUUGAGAAGGUAGGGCGCAUCGCCCACGUGACCAUCCGCGUCCUCUCGCGAGACGUGACGCAGUUCGGCGCACAAACAAUCAUCCUCAUCCUCGUCUUCUCCCGACUCCUGCUCGCUUGCUCGCUCGGAUCCUUUUGCGGUAAGGCAUCAAUCCAUCGACGCCCUAAUGCGCGUGCGUGAAUGACGGCGUGCACGCCGCCGUAUCGCGAAUGGGCUGGGACGACGGGACGUGCGCGCGUGUAAAUGUGCGUGCGUGCGUGCGGCGGCUUGACAAAAGGUGUGUGAGAUAUGCAAAUGUCUGGCGUGACGUGGCGCGGGUUUCCAUGUGUGCGCACAGGUCUGCGAUGGAGGCUUCGUCGGUGCCGGUGCCGGUGCCGGUGUCGGCCGCUCACAGUCUGCUCCUGCUGCAGCAGCUCAACGUGCAGCGCGAGUUCGGCUUCCUGUGCGACUGCACGGUCGCCAUCGGGAACGUUUACUUCAAAGCUCACCGGGCCGUCCUCGCCGCCUUUUCGAACUACUUCAAGAUGAUCUUCAUCCACCAGACCAGCGAGUGCAUCAAAAUCCAGCCCACCGAUAUCCAGCCCGACGUGUUCAGCUACCUGUUGCACGUGAUGUACACAGGGGCGUGCCCCAAACAAGCCGUGGAACCGACGCGUCUGGAAGACGGCAUCAAGUUCCUGCACGCACACCAGCUGUGUCGCAAGAGCGGUGAAGGUCCUGGGGCUGGGGCGGACACCGCCGUCACAGACACCGUGCGCAUGUCCAACCUGUACGGCAUCCAGAUCUCCUCCCAGGUGGCCGGCAAGGAGGCACCGGCUGCCGCCGGUGGUGAGCCGGGAACACGGGCGGGGCGCGCCCACUCGCAGCCAUCGCUCACUGUGGGUUUGGAAGGUGACCGAUCGGACGGUCGCGCCUCUUUGCCACAGGACGACUUGGACAUCUCCGCCGCCAUCAAGCAGGAGCGUCCAGACGACGAGGUAGCGGGAACGGGGUCUCCCCCUCAGGAAAGUGCGGCAUCCAAAGAGCGGGCACCGGCCCUGGCGUGUCCCCGUUGCGGCCAUCGCUGCGCGUCACCCGAGCGGCUGCGCCAGCACCUGUUCAGCCAUGCCCUCCACCCCGCCCUCUUCAUGGAGGGGCUGUCGCACGAAAGCGGCGGUCUCGACAAUGACAAGGCGGCCGGUGAGCGUCUUGACGCCGACCGCCUCGAGGAGGCGCUGCGGCAGAGUCGGGCACUUGCCGCCCAGCUGGCGGCGGAGCUCAGGAGGAGCCGUGUGGGGGCGGCAGAGGGGGCGGGACUGAGCGCUGCCCCAUCUGCUGCCGCCCACUCCCGCAAGCGCAAGAUGGCGUGCGCUGUGUGCGGUGUGCGCUUCUCGCACAAGAGUCAGCUUCAGGAGCACAUGUAUGCGCACACCGCCAAGCCGCCAAGACUGCACCGCCACAGCCAGCUCUUCCAUAGCUCAGCCCACUUCUGCCCGGAAGGGGUUGGGGUCUCGACCAACGACACCCUCCUGGAGGUCAGCAGGGACGCACACGACAACGGGAGCUCCGCCUACUCGCUCGACUCAGAAAUCUCGCAGGAGAGCGGUGGCGACGGCGGGCGCGGCGAGUGACGCUGGGACGAGCGGGUGACACUUCCUGUUGAUAUGCUGUGACAAGAAGUCAAACAGUGACUUUUAUUGAUAGACGCUCUCAUCGUUUUGUCUUCUGUGUGGUUUUCAAAGUAAAAGCUCUGAUCAAA